AAAUUUGACAUAACUCCACCAGAAAAGAAGAAGAGAGAAAAGAAAGAGAAGAAAGUAGAAGAGAAGAAAGAAAAGAAAGUAGAAGAAGAGAAGAAAGAACCUGAACCAGUUCCAGAGAAAAAGAAAUUUGACAUGUAA